UAGGGUAAUGCCACGGCAGUAGGGCAAAGCAUGAACGUGUUGUUUCUACAAGUUCCCAAGUAACGGAGUUGCCUUGCUUUACAGUUUACAAGUUUACAACACACUCUGUUGGAGUUGGAGCUCGUGAGUGGUGCUAUAGUGACAGCACGCAAAUCAUGAACACACCCAAAUCAUCACCGCCGGAGCCAACUCCGAUCAUGACGGUGACUCCGGCGAAAGAAGAAGGCGACCCCAGAAGCUGUAGGCAACUGCAAUUGGCCCCUGCUUCUCGCUUCGGGCUCCCAGAUGGUUGGUUUGUUGACGAGAGGCCCCGUCGCUCCAGCCAAGCAGUUGACAAGUAUUACAUAGAGCUUGUCACAGGAAUGAAAUUUCGUUCACUGGCAGCUGUCCACAGAUACCUAAGAGAUGGGCAAAUUGAUAUACGUACCAGGAGAGAAAAAUCAGGCACAAUGCGAUCCUUCCGGAGAAGUUCUUCCUUCACGCUACCAGAUGGUUGGGAAAUUGAGGAAAUACCACGAAAAAAUACUAAUUCGAGUCACUGUGACAAGUAUUAUAUUGAGCCAGGGACUGGAAAGCGCUUUCGUUCUUUAAUAUCUGUUGAGAGAUACCUAACAGAAGAAAAUAAUCACACUUCCCUUGGGGCAUUGAUACCUGCCAAUGAGUCCAUUGUUUCAAGUGGUCCUGGCAGUCCAAAGAAGAUAGUCAGCUCCUGGGAAUUAAUUUCUAAGCAUUCAUCAUGUUUGAAUGAAUGUUUUAACAGCACACUCAAUGCAAUGAGGCUCAACACUUGUCCAACACCUGCCAAGGAUCCUAGCUCUCCGAAGAUACAUGUUUCUGGGGAGACUAGUAGACCCUCAAAGCUGGCUAAUGGCAGUCCACCAAAAAAAGUUAAAUGGGUCCUUGCCGGUCCUGGGGGGAAUAUGUGGAACCCCUUCAUGGACGACUCUAGGGUCUCUGAUUCUGUUAAGGAAAAGUGGUCUGAGAUUUUUAAAUCAACAAUUGCUGACGACAAUGCAAAGGCACCAAGGUCUUAAGUUUGAUCGAUUCUGUCAAAGUGGGAACCUCUGUAACAUAUACUGUUUGUGUUUUCACGUUUGGCCGAAUCCAUCUUUCUAUAACUUUCUAGAGAAAUUGUAACGAGGAGCUGGUUGAUAAGCAUAUGCAGAUUUGUCGGACAUCAUCAAAGGAGCUAUUUGUGGAGAAUCUAUUAAGAAUGACAUUUUCUGUAUCAUUUGUAAUUGUUUUGUAAGUCCCAAGUGGUCGCUUUGCAUAGAAUGUGUCAAUGAUUAAUAGCUCAUGUAGUAGGGGGUUAUAUCAAUGUAUGAUUUAUAAAGCAGUUGUAUAGGUUCUCGAUCCAUGCUCUGUUCCUGAGUUUGAAAUAUAUAUACACUUUCCACAUGACACCCAAGUUUUCCAAGUACAGAUCGUUUCUU